AAUAUUACAAUUUGCAGAUCCCCAAUUCUCUGCCUUCAGCCCUCAAUCUAGGGUUUCUCUCGAUUCGAAAGUAACAAAAUCCAAUCCACUGUUCUUCUUCUUUUCUCUCCAUCCUAGUUGAAAUCCUCUUUGCUGUCAAAGAUGAACUCAACUCUUAUCCAGUCGAGUUUUGAUUCUGACUGCGACCAGAUGGUCAGCACUGAAUCGAUUCCUCGUUUGAGCACCUCCGCGUAUGAAACACCUGAUUACGGAUCUGGAGCCAAGAGGCAGAAGGUCAAAGAAGACGACAAGAAAGUCAAGGGUGGCGACGGCGACGUGCUGGUGGAAACCGAAGAUGAUGAUUCUGACGAGAUUGAGGAUGGCGAUGAUGAAGAUGAUUUCAUGGAGGUCAAACAGUAUUCCCCGAAGGUGACGAUCUGGGAGAGCUGUUCGGAAGAUGACGAAGGCUUCCAACGCUACCUUAGUAAAGUUAUUGACAGCGAGGGUUUUGAUUUGGACGAAGACCCUCUAGAUGAGUACCCUUUCACUGGUUUCACGGUGUGUAGGGUCAACUUUGACCAUCCCGAGCACGCCCAUCACAAGGAAUUUGUUCCCAAGUGCAUCCAGACUGCUAUUCAGCAACAGCACGAACCUCUGACGUACGUUAAGACCUUGACUGCAAAUUAUGCGGUAGAAGUUGGUUACAUCUAUUUCAUUACAUUUCUGGCCAAGAAGAAUUCAUCAUCGGAGGUUAAAACUUACCAAACCGAGGUUUCACAUGACCUUUGGGGUGGGAUGGUGGUAAAUAAAUUCCGGGAGAAAGCCCAGUGAUCGAGGUAGCAUAUCUAGACUUAUUUUCUUUAAUUCCUGCAUAUAUCUAUUUAUCUUUGUGAUUCCUGACUAUUGUGGGUGCCAGACCGCCUGUCUGGUCAAGUUGAACGAACAUUAAUGCCAAGCUAGCUGUUUAGCAUGCAGUCUGCAGUGCCUUUAUUUCCCACUUGGAUAUGUAUUCAUGAAGCAGACUCUUGCAUCCAUCGAUAGUGAUUGUUUAGGCUUUCUGUUUACUGCAAUUCAAGGAAUUGAACAUUAGUUUGAUAUAUUUUCUGCACUUGCAUUCAGAACUGGAUCAAUAUGCAUUCAAUGGUUCUCAUAUGAUUGCUGUCAUUUUCCUGUGAUCGUACCCGUCAAAUGGGUUGCUAUUCAUAUUGUGAUUUGUAAGUUUGAGUUACAUCCCAUAUACCUUCCGAUUGGUUAUGUGGCAUUACUUUCGAAUCUUGCAUCAUAGUAUGGGAUUUUGUUGGUUGUGAGUUUCCACAAGUGUUCACUAUUGAGAUGAAAUCAUAAGAUACAAUAUCUACCUUGGGCAGAAUCAUAACUUAUUUCUUCUCUUCAGUAUCCGAGUCAUUGAUUUAUGAACAUUUCUGCAUUUCAUAUUAGUAUUUGUAAGAAUUAUCGAUCAUGAGUGUAGGUAGUGGCGGACCCAGGAAUUUGAUCUAGGGGUGUCCCGUACAAAAAUAUAUAUAAAAAAAAUCAUAAAUAAGAUAAUAUCCAACUAUAAGUUAUUACAAUAUACCUCGGUGUGUUUUCAUGUUCUAAAAAUAUUGUAAAACACACUCGGUGUCUAUAGUGAUCAACAUAUAUCUUUCUAUAUAUCCUACCAAACAAUCAUUCACAAACUAGUCACCAGUUCGAUUUUGAAGCUUGUUUUUUUAUGGAACACAAAGCUGAAAAAGCUCUUUCAACACUUGCAGUGGCAACCGAUAUUAUCAAUACCAGUUUGAGUAGCAAAUAUACCCAUCAAUAUCAUAGAUACAUUGUGGUCUUCACCAUCAACUGAACUAAUUCAUCAAUUCUUUUUAAUCCACGUUAUAGCUCGUCAUUCUUAACACAAUGAUAAUAAUUCUGAAAGUCCCGUAGAAGAAAAGAGUAAGAAAAGUGAACAAAUUCACUAGGAUAAAAUUGAGUACAACUUACCAUAUUCUUCUUGUCAAAAGCAGCAAACUAGUACUCAGCUCAUCAAAGCGGUUGUUUAACUCUUGCAGUUGCAUAUCAAGAAUAGAGUAAAAUAAUUCAACUUGAUAAUGAUGCAAGUUUGUGAUAUGUGGAGCAUUGCGUCUUGACUGUCCCGGAAGAACAUACUCAUCAUCCAUACUAAGAACAUGAAUAUUCUUUACUGCAAAAAAAGCAGAUAACAUCCUCAAGUAGAGACUCCCAUCCUCGAUCUCUCAUCUCUUGUAAUAUAGUCUUUCCCACACGAACAAGUUUCAUAGCAUUUACAAUUUCCUUAUCUUUCCUUUGCAAUGCUAGGGACAACUCAUUCGUAAUUGCUAACACUUCAAUCAUCAACGUGAAAAUAAAGACAAACUUGAAAUCUUGAAUUGUAAUCGACAUCUGCCAUGCCUCGCUAGCUGUUGGAUCAUUUUCAAUUUCUCUCCGACGCAUCAAUAAUAGUAGGAAACAAGUCCUCAAAUUUGAGAAGUGCUCCAUAGUAAGAACCCCACCUAGUAUCACUUGGCAUUUUGAGACACUAUUCUUUAUUCAAGUUCAAUGGACAAUUUUCAACACUUGGAAGUUCUCUGCAUCGGCAACAAGUUGAAUGGACAGCAAGUUGAACCGAAAUUUGAACAAUGAAAUUAUGAAACAGACUUGAGCACUGAGUAGGGGAAGCCGUGAAGGACUUAACUUACCUCUUUACCGGAGACUUGACCCUUGAGCAGGGGAAGUCAGCACAUCUUGUUCUUCAAUCGUCGAAGGACAGCGGGACUUGGGAUUGGAGAGAAUAGAAGACGGCGGGCAAGAGAAAAAUACCACAACUUGUUCGGCCAACGAAGGAUGGCGAGACUAGGAGAGAAGAGUAUGCAGCUUGAUUGCGAGAAGAGCAGACGGUGGCAUGGGCGCACGACGACACCGAGUCGCCAGCAGUAGCUCGUUGUCUCGAUAGAGGGGGCGCCCCUUUCAUAUAUAUAGCAUAAACCAACAAAUCAAUUAAUUUUAGGGUUCGUGAGGAAUUUUAGAUAACUGGACUUAAACGUCUGGCAAUAAAAAUAUUUACGUUUGAAUUCAUACAAGGACUGUGAUAUAGUCUAAUGGUAAGCAACUACAGGUAUUACAACAAUGUCCUCGUUGCAAAUUCUAGAAGAAGAAAAAACAAGAGUGUUGGGCUCGCAAAGUAGAUUCACUCGGCAACAUCAAAGAAGUUUCUUUCGAUCCCCAAUUCUCUGCCUUGAGCCUUCAAUCUAUGGUUUGUUUCGAUUAGAAAAUAACAAAAUCCAAUCCAGUGUUCUUCUUCUCGAUCACCUUUCUCUCCUUUUCCUAGUUGUGAUCCUCUUUCCCGUGAAAGAUGAACCAAACGCCUAUCCAGUCGAGUUUUGAUUCCGACGGCGAGCAGAUGGUCAGCUCUGAGGCGAUUCCUCUCUCGAGCACUUCCGCAGAUCAGAUGAACACCUGGUUUCGGUUCUGACGCAAAGAGGCAGAAGGUCGAAGAAGACGAGAAAGUCAAGGGUGGAAGCCGAAGAUGAUCUCACUGACGAGAUUGAGGAUGGCGAUGAUCGAUGAAGAUGAUUUCAUGAAGGCUACCAACGCUACGUCAAGAAAAUCAUUGAUAGCUUGGUUAGUUAUUUAGGUUUCUUCGAUUCUUCAUCAUCGAUCUAUUUAAUUACUUUCCUUUCGACCCAAUAUUAUGUGAAGCUCUCCCUCUUUUUUUUCUCCUUUGCUCAUCGAUCUUCAUGUUUUGCUGUCCUUGUUAGGGUUUUGAUUUGGACGAAGACCCUCUAAAUGAGUACCUUUUCCCUGGUUUCGGAGUGUGUAAGGUAAGGUCUACUUUGAUGAUCCUGUCUGUGAUUGCUCUCCUUUUUCGUUCCUGAGCUUCCGUUGUAAUUUCUCGCAUGCUAUCAUAACACGCUCUAGUAGUAGUACUCUCUCUAUGUUGCAGCUGACGUACGUUGAUACAUUGAGUGCGAAUUAUGCAGUAAAUAUUGUCUUCGUCU